UUCUCACCGCCUCGAAUUGCCGUCCCUUCUUAUCGCAAUCACAUCGUCUCCUAAUCAUCAUCCCUCGCCAAAAAAAAAUAAUAAAAGCAUCAGUCAAGAUGGAACCACCCAUGGAUGCAGAAACGAAUGAAUGGGAGUACGAGUACCAUGAGACUGAAACAGAGUCCUUCUAUUUAAACCUAGACCUCUCCUCCGUCCACGGACCCAUCCGCCCACCACGCCGACGCCAGCAAGAAGACACCACCACCCACGCAGAAGAAGACGGAUUGGUAUCAUCAAUCCCACCAGAAGCCUCAGUUGAAAACACCACAACCACCGAAGCCUUCACGCCCCUCGAAACCACCGAACCAGAGGCUCUGGCCGACGAACGAAUCCAGAUCCUCGGUCUCCACACGUGCAAUCCGAUCGUCUCAUACUGCGACCAACUCUUCAGCUGCACCUGGGCCGAUCAAAUAGGCACAGAACUGAUCUUUGCCCACCCAGACGCUCACCCAGACAUAAGCAACAGCACGGGCCAGCCCCUCCCUGCCCCACUCCUGCAGGGUCCCUCCUUCGAGCUUCUCGCCGCCAACAGUGUGAAGAUCCUCGGCUGCAAGGCCAACAUCACUUCCAGUGCUAGCUCUGGAUUGGUUGGAGAGACGCAUACAGCGGCCGUCACGGGUCCCACAUCUGCAGAUGAGACACAGGCUCCCGUGACUGCAAGCGUGCCCCGCCGUGCGGUCCAGCCUUCGCACCAGGCGAACUUCCUAGCGCGCUUGCAGAGUAUCAAGGCGGCGAGGGGGGAGACGGAUACGGUGCGGACGACAUUCAAUACGAGGCGUAAUGUGAAUAUUGCGGAUCGGUUGGGUGCGUGGGCUCGUACGGAGGCUCAGUUGGCGGAGAUUCAUGCGCUAAAUGAUCGCGCGCGUAAAGGAGAUGCCGAGGCGAUUUCAGCGCUGGAGCAGUUGAUGUACGAGUUUGCGCAGCAGCAGCAGCAGCAGCAGCAAGAGCAGGAGGAGGAGGAGCCGUCAUCGUUGCUCCCAAUUGACCCUCAACUCAUGUGAGAGACGAGCUCCGAGCUUGACAACGGGCUGAAAGCGAUAAACUCUUUAGCCACGAAGGGCAAACCAUACUGGAAGUCUCUCUAAAUUGAAUUCCGAACUAGUUAGUCGGCCCCAGCCAUCGAGGGUACCCCGGGAAUUUUGUUCAGCUAUCGGGCCCUGCCGGCGUUGCUACAAUCAGGCCAAUGGAGCUCUCAUCACGUGUGGUCGCGGGCCGAGCAACCGCACCAUACUACUGAAGCAAGCGUGGCCAACCCUACCUUAUCGCGCGUCUAGGGGGUUCUUGCAUGGGACGAAAAGCUGGUAGCUUGUGAUCGUGACUUUUUCUAUGCUCGAUCUGCUUUCGGUUGCUAUCAUUGGCCCCGAUUUUCGCACCAGAAACACCUUGCACUCAUGCACCCGGUCUUCCGAGCUAUCCAGACCCCACACCCGGCAACCCCGGACUGACUAGCCCCCUUCAGCGAUACCAAAAGCUAGUGAUCAUCCACACCAUCGUGAGGAUAACGUCAUAGUCUAUCCGGCAUGUGCCGAACUGUCGCAAUGAUGUGACAAUGACUAGGCUUCUAUUCACCCCGCUAAUUAAAUCAAUUUCAUUGAUAUCCAGCCUUUGCCUAACCUGGACAUCUACAUUCGAAUCUCACGUGCUCGCCUUCCUUCAACUAUCAUCAGCACACAACCCUUUGAAACCCUGACCGUCGAUCUAAUCUAGUGUGGUAGGAUAUGGCUGUAUUUCUGGGACGAAGAUGACGUCGUGAUCUGCGGGUGUGAUGCUCCUUUCGAGGCUUAUGAUGUGGGAUGUACAUCGGAAGACUGGGUAUCGUGGUCCUAUGCAUGAUCGAAUCACAAAACCUGUUGAUACAGUCUUCCGAGUCGUAGAUGGAGACAUUGACAGUCCUCUCUUCCCCAGGCUCACAACGCUUGUAGCCCUUGGUCUUGAUUUUAGCUUAUUUGGACCAUGCUAUUCACACCAUAGCCUC